AUGCUGGACGACUUACAGUACAAGUCUCACGCUCAGCGUGACGGAAGCGGAGUUGCCCCUGCAGCUCCGACCUAUAGACAACUCACUAAAGCCACGGCGGAAAGAAGACCCACCACGUACGACGUGGUUUCGUAUACAAGACCGAACGGCCGAAGCCUGCCGUCCGCAGAGCUGGCCGUCGGAAGCCCCCCGCCAGGCGUGCCCGUCGUCGAGUUGGAGCUGAUCGGAGCCGCGCCGGUCAGGCCACCACCACCGGAAGGCGGCUUGGCGCCCGAGGUGCCGUUGCCGCCCCCGACAGACUUUGGAGGCUUGAGUGUCGCCGUGCCGUUGUUCAUGCCCUUGUUGCCCGCCGUGCCGUUCUUCAUGCCCUUGUUGCCAUCCAUCUUGCCCGGUUUCACCAUGGCCGUGCCGUUGUUCUUGCCCUUGUCGCCCAUCAUCUUGCCCUUUUUCUUGUCACCCUCGCCCAUCCCCGCCGUGCCGUUAGACUUGCUGGAGCCGCCCGCGGCGGGAGGUGAGAUGAUCUGCACGCCGCUGCCGGACGCUGCCGGAGGUGGUGUCUUGGCGCCCUCGGAUGAGUUGGAGCUCGGUGCUGCAGCCGCACCGCCCCCGCCGUGGCCGAUGAUGAUGACGACGGCUUGGCCUCCCUGUGCAGCUUGGCCCUCUGUCGCCGGGGGUGCGGCGGCCUUGCCUCCUUCGCUCUUGGCCGGCUUGGCCGACUCGCCGCCCGAUGGCAUCUUGGCGCCGCCUCCGCAGCACUUGGACUCUCCCGACCCGCCCUUUGAGCCAGAUUCGGACUUUGACGGCAUGGCCGCUUCCCCUGCCAUUUUAGAUGGGGGUGAAGAUUCCAUUGGGGCCGACUUGUGGCCACUCGACAUGGAACCCUCGCUGCCCAUUUUAGCUGGGGUUGAAGAUUCCAUUGCGGGUGACUUGUGA